GUGAUGGUGGAUUUAUGUAACAGCACAAAAGGGAUAUGCUUAACAGGCCCCCCAGGUCCCCCAGGACCUCCUGGACUUGAUGGACUGCCUGGCUACAAUGGAUCAGAUGGACUUCCAGGUAUACCAGGACAAAAGGGCGAACCAGGAGUAAAUGGAAAAAGAGGAAAAAUAGGUGUGCCAGGACCAAAAGGUGAUCAAGGACAGAAAGGAGAACCUGGAGAAAUGGGUUUACCUGGCAGGGACGGUAUGCCAGGAGGAAAAGGUGCAAGAGGAGCAAAGGGUGAAAAGGGGGAUGCAAACAACGAUGUGAUAUUAGAAGGUGCAAAAGGUGAACCUGGACCACCAGGGCCCCCUGGACCACCUGGACCCCCAGGGCCUCCAGGAAAACGUAAAGGUAAAGGCAAAGCACGCCUUCAGGAGAACAUAUACAGCAGCAAAUGCACAGGUGAGACAUGUGCUAUACCGAAUGAUGAUACCCUGGCUGGAAAAGCUGAAGACAGAAUCCCUGGUCCUUCAAAAAAAGCUGAAUGUGUCAUAACAUCUGUAGGAAGUCCAGUUCACUUUGUCAAUGUACAGCAGACCUUUGGAACUUGGAUGCGGGAACCUGCAAAUAUAAGUGAUGAAAGGAUUUGGCUUACUAUGCAUUUUUCAGGAAACUCUAUAAAAGAGUAUGAGAAUUCUAAUGCCUUGCUGAAUGACAGCUACAGGAUCAUUAACAUCACAGGCUUCUUUUAUGGAUGUGGUCAUGCCGUACAAAACAAUCAUCUGUACUAUCAAAAGGGAGGAACCAAUGUCAUACUGAAACUUGGGCUUGAUAAAGCAUCGCUGGGCACACUGCUAAUUGAAAAUGCCUUGUAUCAUGGUCGUAACUACCUGUUUGCUAACUCGAAGACGUAUUUCAACGUAGCAGUGGAUGAGAAGGGUCUUUGGAUUAUAUAUGCCUCAAGCACUGACGAAAAUAUAAUAGUAGCACGUAUCGAUGAAGAAACGUUUUCAGUCAUUCGGCAUAUCAAUACUACAUAUCCUAAGUCCAAGGCUGGUAACGCAUUCAUAGCAUGUGGCAUUAUGUAUGUUACUGAUACUAAGGAUAUGACAGUAAGUUUUGCUUUUGAUUUACUGAAAGAGAAGCAGAUUGAUGCAAGGUUUGAGUUACGGUCUUCACAGUCUGUUCUUGCUAUGCUUUCAUACAGUCUAAGAGAUAAGAAUUUGUACACGUGGGAGAAUGGGAGCUUAAUGGUAUACCCUGUACAUUUUGGCAGAUGAAUAUAUUUUAAAA